AUGGACUAUGGUAAUGUGUUUUUAACAAAUGCGGAUAAGCGGAAAGCGAUAAUCAAGCGGCAAUUUGAAUCCAAACAAAGACUUUUAAGGUCAAAAUUAAAAUUACGCGAAGAACAUAUUCAAAAUUUCAAAAAUCAACGGGAGAAUGAACAAAUUGUAAAAAUUGCUAAAAAUAAAAAUAAAUCAAAUAAAACGAAACUUCGGAUAACUGAGUUGAAAGACUUAGCAUUUUAUAGAAUUUUGGAGCUGAAAAAUAAAAUAAAAAAUAGAGAUCGAAAAACAGUGGAAAAUAUACAAAAUCUUAAACAUUCUGCAUUAGUUACGAAACAUGAUAAAGAAUUAAACCAGUAUUGGGCCAAAUAUGACAGUCAACUACGGAUGAUGGAAAUCAACAAGUCAUUGACAGAGAGAUGUGUAGAAAACAAACAAUUAUCAGUGGAAGAAGAGGAGGUAAUCGACGAAAUAGGUAGUAAUGGAAAUGAUGAUAUAGAAACGGAAGAAGAAUCUUUGGAUAAUUGUGUCUACAUUCCAAAAUCGAAAUCUGUGGAUAUGAACCUCACGUUUAUACAACGCAUUGAGAAUUUGAGAAUAAACUCCACUAAAUGCGAUCUGGAUGCAGCAUUCUGGAAUAAGACGGCGCCACUUUGGAAUAAAAUGACAAAGUGUCUGCAAGCCAACAUUGUGGAGGCAUCGAUGAGUGACGAAUCGGAACUGUCAGUUCCCAAAGUUCAAGUGGAAGAAAAAACUCGACGUCACCUAUUCGAUUUGGCGGACGAUAGCCACCCACCGUCGUUGAUGCAGCAGAUUAUGAUGAACGAUGUGGACUACUGUUUAUCAGAUGCAUUGAUGUUUGAAAUGAUAGAAAGGGCCAAAUUGCUAUCAAAACCGGGAGCGUCCGCGGUCGAUAUCAUAAAUCUGAUCAGGCGUGUGACCGAAUACGAGGCUGACGUUAAAAACAACGUUGAUUAUUUUGUGACCAGUCUCGCGGAGAGGGCUGUAUUCGAAUUCACAAAAAAGAAAAUUGCCGAGAAAAUGUUUGUCGACAUGCGUAAAACCAUUGACCGGCUUCAACACGUGAACGAGAAAGAUGUGAUUCCCACCAAAUUGAUCAAAUCCAAGAAAAUGAGCGAAGUUACGUAUUUUAUUUUUGAAAUGAUCAGCAACGAUGAUGUUUACAGCCGGUUCGACAAGCCACUGGACGACGAGCCGCGUUAUGUAGCUCAGAUUUCAGAAACAGCUGAAGAUAGGUUCAAGAAGUUUCUGGAGGAAAACUUUCAAGAGACGAAAAUGUCUACAACAAGGUUCCCAAUAAAGGGGCGUACGGAACUGGACGAGAAAGUCGACAACCUAGUUCGGUUAUUCUUGGAGCACGCACACCAAAAGACAGCGCACUUUGUUUCGACCAGCAAGGUGAACGAGUAUGAAGAGCGUGUUAAAGCGGUGUUGCCGUCAAGUGGCCCAGCCAAGGGUCACCUGACACUCCAUUUAGUGUACAGGAUCUGCCGAAAAAUUUCGAAGCUGGUAUUCGGAAUGUUCACGACGAAAGAAAAGGUGAUGCACAACUUCGAGAUGACCGUCGAUGCUUACGUUCUGCUUGUUGCAAACCGGACAAGCCGUGUGAAUUACAAUACAAAGGUCUAUAAGCGAAGCAAAAGUGUUGACGUCGAUGACUUCAAUAAAUUAUACGAGGUGACGUUGAAGUCGAUUCGAAAUGAAUAUCGUAUGGUAUAG